AUGUCUGACGAGAGCAGCGACGAAACAUUUGCUAGCGCUGACGAGGGUUCAGGCAAUGAAUAUUCUUUUAUGAAAUCACCCCAUGUGGAUCCGUCAGGACAUGAUCAAGAUCUUGUUCCUUCCCUUGUUGAUGUUAUCCCUACGAAAAACUCAAAUUUAACCAGAGACAAUCAACCCAGCAUUGUUUGUGACGAAGGGGUGCUUGUGAGUGUUUCGAAUCAAAAGGACACUGAGGCUGGUAUCCACGAAUUUGCUCCGCCUUCGACUCCUUGUGAUAUCAACCAGGAAGAAGUUUUGCAAUGCCAUACCGAAGCUACUGCCUCCGAUGAUGUAACUUAUCCCUUUCUCAAUUUGGAGGAAAAACCCAAAAGCGUAGUGACGAACUUUGGUGAAGUCAUUAAGGCUGAAGGGCUACAAUUUAAAGAUGGCGAACUGGAUGUUAACAAGAAUACCGAAGCUCUGGAUCCGAAGGACAAUCUAUGCGUGGAUCCUGAGCGGGCGAACACUAGGACUUUAAUCGAGUUAACUGAAGCUUCCCCGUAUGCGAUAGAAUCUGGAGAUUCGGUCGAUAGGACUCAUUCGACGAUGAUUGGAGACUCAGUAGCCACUAACGUGGCAGACGUGUGGGACUUGGAUGAUCUGUGGGAAAGUUUGCAAACAUCAGAUACUGGAGUUGCUUCAAGCGAGGUUGGAAAAGCUUCGUCAGAUGAUGUCGAAAGUCAAGAUCGCGUGAAUUUAACUGAUUCGAAAAAGGUUGUGGAGUCGGCUUCUGGUAAUAAAACAGACUGGUGGAAUAGGUCGAUGGAUGGCUCACAGCCAAUUUUUCCAGCAUUGGAUUCUGAAACUUGUCCAAUGAUGAUCACCGAAUCCCAAGGUCCAAGAGGAUUCCUUUACUCAGAGAAGGUACAAAAGAAGUGUAAAGACUCAAAAACCAGUGAGGAUGGGGUGUGGGGUUCGGGAGCCGACCAGUGGACUGGUUUGAAGUCAUCUAAAGCAGAAAAUUCCUUAACCGUCAAUUCCGAAACUGUUCCCACCGUAAGUAUUCAGCAGGAAAAACGCUCCUUUGAAAGUGAGGUGCAAGGGAAGAUCUCAGGCCCAUUGUCGGUUGAAGAAGUGGACGCUUGGGAUCUUGAGGAUGACCCUUGGCUAUGCUCAGAUCCAACAGAGCCAGAUACCUGUUUGGUUCCAGACACCGCAAAGAACUGUGGCACUGUUUCCACGCCCAAGGUCACGAAGGCUGGUUUGAGCAUGAAGGUGGAGGAGAGUUGGGGCAGCGUGGAAGACUUUCAGACGAAAAGGUCAACCGUAAAUGCAUCACAGGAGCUGGCAUCCGCUGCCACAGCAUUAGUCAAGUCAGUGGGUGGUGGGCUGGCAAGUUUUGUAGGGAGUUUCAAGCUUUCCAAUCUUUCCUCCACAUUUGCGGCUUUCGAAGAGAAGUCGUUGACAAAGCCGGUAGGGGAUGAGCAGCAACAAAAAUCGCCACAGCCUGAGGCUUCGAAAAAUCCCGGUGAUUACGGUGUUGGCUCUACUCCUGAAGGCGAUGAAACCAAUGGUGGCUGGGGUGGUUGGGACUUGGGCUCGUUGGCUAAAUCACUCACGUCGACAGUUGAGAAUACGGGUCUGCAGAUCAUUCACGGUGGCGUUGAUGUGUUGGAACAAAUUGGACGGAAGACGUUUACUGCUCUGAAGGAGAACGAUCCAGGACUGGCUUACACAAAGAGCUUCCUUCGGCCCACCAAUGACAGUCAAGGCUCGAAACUGUCUCAGAUGCUGCGCGAAGCCUGCGACCAACACGCUGCACAAUCUGACGAAUUGCUCGCCGGCCAAUUAGAGGCGCGUCGUGGUGAUUUAGCCUUUCAAUUGGAAUCGCGUCUCGCUCUUGUGCACAUGGAAGCCUUGGAAUUGCUCAGUUCUCGUGCUUCGGCACGCCUGGGCACGAAGUUGGCUCGACUGGAAGCCCCCCAUAACAUCGAUGACGUAGAAGAAUAUCAUCGCAGCGUUCGUAGUCUUACUGGGGAAGGUGGUGUCCUUGAACGCAUUUGGCAGACACUUCAGCUGAAAAAUCAAGAGGAGGAGGAGGGAGAAGAGAGGGGAGCAGGAGAAGGCAAUUCUGUUUCCACAACUGCUAUUGUCACGGCGGUAGCAGCAUUGGAAGUGGUGACUCCUGGAAGUGCUCUCUUGAAGAAAUGCGAGGAGGUUCAGCAGAAGUGCGAGCAUUUUGAUCCUAGCCUACCAAUGACAGAGAUCUUUUAUCAAGCCGUUGAAGGAUUGGCAGACUUGACGUCGGUGAUCCUGGCUUACCUUCAUAAAUUGGCCGAGUGUCUUCUCCUUCUUGGUCCAAAUCGUGAGCGAUUCAACGCCGGCUUCCUCGACAUAGCUGAGAAAGUUGCCAGUAUCAUCACUGCGGCUAAAAGACGAAAUGAUACCCUCUGUUCGGCGUAUGUUGGGCAUUUGAAGAGGGCGGCAUCAGACAUGAGUACGAAGGAGGAAGUAGGUGCUGAGGGAGCACUGACGACGAAUCGCCGACUUGUAGCAAACCUCUUUUUGGAGACAGGAAUGGCAAACGGCUACCUAGACGACGCAGCAUCAAACUACCUUGUACCAGUCCUCCAAAUUGCCUGUCUGGAGGCCUUCUUUCCGGAAUCGACGUCGACACCAGCGUCAUGCCACCCACCCUCGUCAAUGAAAGUGAAGCAACGUUGA